UGCCCCACUUUCUGCCUUUCAGCACCAGCAAAACACGCACUGAAGCUCCGGGUGCCGGUGCCGGUCCGUCCCGCCGCAGGGGCCGUGUCUGGCGGGGUUUCUGCCCCGGCACCGGAGGCACCGAGCCCCGCGGAGCCCGGGCCGUCCCUCGUGUGAGGGUGGAGGGACAGCAGCGACAGCCGGCCCAGGGACACCACAGCCGUGUGGGGACAGGUGCACGGAGAGCCCACUGGCCCUUUGUAUUUACUGCAAUUUACUAUUUUUUUUUCCUCAGUGGAAGCCUCUAUAUUAUCUUCCCUGGAUGUGCACCUCUUGUAAGGUGCCCCUUCCCAGGCCAGAGCAGCGCCAGGGCACACCGCAAACACUGCCGAGGGCCAGAACAAGCCGCCGCUACCCUGCCCCUGCAGAGGCCACCGCAGCGCAGCCCCGGCCCGGUGGCCGCCGCUGUCGCCGCCGCCGCCGGUGCUAGACGGGGACCGGGACAGGAGCGGAGCAAACCCGACAGAUCCGCCCGCCCGAGCCGCCGCGCGACGAGCGGCCCGUCCGCGAUCCACGGAAUCGAGCGGCGGCGCCGAGCGGCGAUUGGAGGCGCGCGGGCGGCCCCGCCCCGCCCCUCACAUGACCGCUAGCGAGGUUUUUGUCGCGCCCGCUCGCCCCGGCCGCUCGCCGUGCCCCGGUGUCCCCGCCGCCGGCAGCAGCAGCACCGCCGCCAUGGGCCCGCGCCGCUCCGCCGCGUCCUCCUGCGGCCGCGUCCUCCUGCCGCUGCUGCUGCUUGGCGUCUCUGGUUUUUUCCAGUCCUAUGCAGUUGAAGUAGAUAUAAAGGAUUCCUCUAAUGCUACAUGCCUGUAUGCAGACUGGAUGAUGAGGUUCUUGAUAACAUACGAAUCAAACAAUGGUGAUUAUAAAACCACAACCCUGAAUUUGUCAUCGAGUGUGACACACAAUGGAAGCGUCUGUGGCAAUGACACACAGGCUGCCCUUGUGGCAGUGCAGUUUGGAGAAGGUCAUUCUUGGAGCAUUAACAUCACAAAAAACAAUGAAACUUACCAGGGAGACUUCAUCACACUGACCUACAACACCAAUGACACAGCUGUAUUUCCUGAUGCUAAAAGAAAAGGACCAGUUACUGUUCUUAUGAAGGAUCCUGCACGUCCAGUUCAACUGAAUACUGUCUUCGUGUGUCAUAAUUCCUUCGUUAUUGAAGCAGAAAAUGUAACACAGAUUUUCUGGAAUGUUACUGUGCAGGCUUUUGUUCAGAAUGGCACAGUCAGUAAAAAAGAGUCUAGAUGUCCUGCUGAUACACCUACUUCUGCACCUACUGUUCCACCUACUAUUGCCAAUGCAACUACUGCAUCUACCACUACGUCACCUCCUGCUCCAACAGCUCCUCCCAAACCUGCGGAGAAUCCAGACACAGGAAAUUAUUCUCUUAAAAGUGGAAAUAAAACAUGUUUCCUGGCAACUGUGGGGCUGCAACUGAAUGUUUCCCAAGACAAGCCUCUCCUGAUCAACAUCAAUCCAAAGACAACUGUCGCAGAUGGUGCCUGUGGUAACACAACAGCCACUCUGAAAUUGAAUGAUAGAAAUAGCACACUGAUUGGUUUCACAUUUGCUGUUAAAAAUACAAGUGCAAGUGUACAAAAAUUUUAUCUGAGGGAGGUGAAUGUUACUCUGCUCAACCGUCUGAAUGGUUCUGUCAUUUCAAGUGCAGAUAACAACAACUUAAGCAAGUGGGAUGCUUUCCUUGGUAGCUCUUACAUGUGCCGAAAAGAGCAAACCCUUCAGAUUAAUGAAAAUGUUCAAGUACAUACUUUUAAUCUAUGGAUUCAGCCAUUCCUUGUGGAGGCAAAUAAGUUUGCUACAGCUGAAGAAUGCAUUGCUGAUUCUGACCUGAACUUUCUUAUUCCCAUCGCAGUGGGCGUGGCACUUGGAUUCCUUAUCAUUCUUGUCUUUAUAUCUUACAUCAUUGGAAGAAGAAAAAGUCGUACUGGCUAUCAGUCUGUAUAAUCUCUUAAUUCCAUCUCUGUUGCCCACCUUCCCUGUUCUUUUCCCUUUCCCAGACUUCCUGGCCUGCUCCUUAAAAAAACAAAAACAAAAAAACAAAACAAAGAACAAAAAAAGAUAAACAAAUUAAUUCAAGGUUUCUUUAUUUAAAAAGUUCAAAUCACUUCAUGGCAGAAUAACAAUCACUUCAUGACAGAAUAAUGUGCCGUGAGUCUGAAGAUGAGUUGCAGAAGAUACUGUAUGACUUUGGAGAAAGUAAGUGUUCUGAGGACCAGAGAAUUGAGCAGAGUUGGUGUGUCCCUGUGGGAAAUGUGAUUAUUUUUAGUAAAGAAGACAUCUACAAAACUUUGUCAUUUAAUCUUUUUGUACAAGAAAAUUUCUAGAUGCCUACAGCUUGUCUUGGUUAAUGCUACAGCUAAAACUAUAAUUAAAAGUGUGAAUGCUGUGUCAAAAGGGACUGUACAUACAGUGGGAAAAUGAAUACCCAGCUCUCAACAGACUUCUGUUGGGAGCUUGGCAUAUGGCUGUUCUUGUGAAUCAGCCUGAAUUUCCUAUUCCUUCUGAAUGUAAAAGAAGUACCUGAUCUCAUUAAUACCCUGACAUAAUAGGAGAAGAACAUCUGAUUCUUCUAGUGAAUUAAUUUGUUUAAUAUCGUGUGGAGAAGCUGAUUGCUAAUGUAGGUUGAAUGGCUUUGCACUACCCUGGUGUCUAAUUUGCCAAGAUAAGGUUCAGGUCUGGAGAACUUCAGCUACUCAGAAAAGGCAACAGUCUGCUGAAGGAAAUGUCUCCUGUGCUAUUUUGUUGAACUGCAUUUUCCUUUUGUUCUGAGCUCAAUUGUGAAAUGAGGGUGGGAGGCUGGAAUUUCACUGGCUGCAGUUUCUCUGAGCUUUGAUUCUGAACAUAAAAGAAACUACACAGCGUUGGUCCAUGUGAGGACCAAAAGUAUUUUGAGAGCACUCAGACUGGCUGAGAACACAGAUUGCUGAGAGAUUCCUGCAGUUCCUUUGGACAGCUUGCAUAGGUUAACAGGGCAUCACUGAAAAGCUGUGAUCUCUGAAAGCAAGUGGAGAUAUAAAACCUUUCAGGUUUGAUAGAAUUAAUCUGCUUUUAAUCUCCUCAUUAUCACUGUCUGAGUAAGAGUAAGAGCACAAAAUUUCUAGCAUGAGGAAUGCUGAUCAUAAAGCAUAAAUGAAUAUAUGUAUAGUGAAGAAAGUGACUUGCAAAGGAAUAAGAGCAUCUUACCUGUUUGAAGAUGCUUUCUUUGUUAUUAGUGCCAUACCUUUACAAUUCUAUGUUCCAUAUCUAAACUGUAUCAAAAUCAAAUUUAAUCGUUGGUGGUUGUGUUCCACUUCAUUCCCAUUAGGUUCAUGUUGAUGGAAUGAAAGAAGCCUCUUGCUCUUCAAAACUUUUUGGUCCAUCUUGGCAAAAGCCUUUUGCAGUUAGUAAGUCCUGAGGGCACACUAAGUUUUGCCCUCUGCACAAAUGUUUACUAAAGCUGCUUCAAUAUUUAAUCUCUGGGCAUUGACCCUGUAUCCAUGUUGUGGGGGAAGCACCUUCAGUAAUUCACAUACACAAAGGUGACAGUCAACACUGAUGUUUAAGUAACUCACAAUGGCUGUGUAUUCAGGGAAGGGAGUUUUCCAAAGACUUCGUUGUGAUGGUUGAGAAAUACCUGUACAUUCAAUUAUUCUUGUCCUCACAGUGACCAAAGAUACACUCUACCUGAUUCUGACAAAAAUGAUUCCGUAAUACAAAUGGGCUCUUGGAGCAAGUUGUCCUUUUUUUUUAGGAAUGUAAUUCAAUGCUGCUGAGUGGGACUGUGUGCUUUAGGUUUGGUUGUCUUGGUCUCUUGUAUUGUACCUUUGCUCUUGCAAUACUUGAUUUCCCUGCCAGUGUUAAAUGGAAUUAUUUCAGGUGGCAUUUUAUGAGUACACACACUUGUCAGUGUGGUGCUUCUCUGCAGCCAGCAGAUGAAUCACAGCUAUGUUGUCAUGCUGAGAUUGCAGACUGAAGUAUUUAAUGUCAAUUUUUUCUAGGCUAUCUUAGUGAAAUGUGGUCAUUUCCUAGAUGCAAACACAUACAUAUAUAUAUAUAUAUAUUGUAUAUACAUAGAAAGUAUUAUUUUGAGCUUCAACUGAAGUCAAAAAUUGAUCCAGCACUUUAAGGUUGUUACAGCAUGAAGAGUGGUGUGUACAAUUUUCCAGAUCUUAAAAUGACUGUACAAAUAUGCUGACAGCAGAAUAUGUGUAUGGAAAAUAAAGUUAAUUAUCGUGUUUAUAAAGCUUUGUUUCAGUGUAAGUAGACAUGAAUACCAUUUCUGAGAGCCUUUCCAGAGGGAUUGUCAGUGUGCUUGGAUCUGGAUGUUUGUGGGGAAACAGAAGCUUUUGCUUCUAAGUAUUCACACAUUUACAUCCAAAUCAGUUGUUUUUUGUGUUGAUUUGGUCAAAGCAUGGGUCCAGCAUCUGCUAAAGGACAUCUUCUUCCAUCAGAAUCCUUCUAACAGACAGAUAGGGAAUAGAGAUUAAAUAAAGUUUUAUCUUGUUGCUAGUGUGAAGGCUGUUAAUUUGAUAGCAUGAGACACAAUGAGUUUGGUUUCCUUUCAAGACCCCACAAAUACAAAUGCUUUAAAAGAGCUAAAGCAAUUGGCAGACAGAGAAAUGCUUGUGGGUUUAACUUAUUUCUGAUGUCAAAAGAAGAGCCACUCCCCCAGCAGCAUCCUCCUUGGCAGAAGCCAGUUUCUGUUGGUCAGAAGAUGCCCUUGCAGAUAAUUUGUGCAGGCAGAGUGAAUAUGUUGCCCUGGUUCUAUCAGUGCUAUCUGGAUAAUGAAAACUGAGCAGAAUUAGUUCCUAAACUGCCUCUGGUUCAGGUAUUUAAUAGCUCUUAAUAAAUCCUUUUUGCCAGAUGGUUGGUUGUGAUGCUUGGAGAAGAGUGAGUCGUAUUGUACUGAACUCUGGCCUGGGGAAGUUUAUCAGGUGCUCAGAAUUCCAUGAUGUUGUUACAUGCUGCUUGGAAAUUCAGUCCCUAAUUGGCAGCACAAACUGCAUCUCUUAACACCAGUGUUUCAAGAAUGCCACCACAGAGUUAAUUUUACUGUAGUCACUUUAUUUUAAAUAGAAAAAAUCACUUCUUAGAGACUGAUAUAGAUCAGGAAAUGACGGCAGAUGAAGUUCCUUGGCUAUGGAUGUAGGACAAACAUUCCAUAAUGCCCCUGUUCAGGCAGUAAUUUUAGUAAGUGUGCUUUCCCAGUAGUGCUUUAUCCCAAGGUGUCCUGUCCUGCUGUGUUUUGUAGCUCCCAGCAAGCAGAGUGCAGCCGGUCUCUGUCACAUCCGAGGGAGGCUCGGGCUGCUCAGGGCAGCGCACUCUGUGUUUCAUCAGCCUUUGGGGGUGACAAACUGAUGCCCUCACUCACCCCAACACUGUGCCCUAAACUGUGAGAGGACUGAGCAUUUUUCUGCAUUUUGCUGCAGCAUUACAGCUGUGACCUCUCUGGAAUGGGGAAGAACAGGUCUGAGAGCUUUGGGCACUUCUGUGCCUGAGCAGGAGGCCCUGCCAACCUGUGAACCGUGACAAGAGAGAAGAGCUCCUCUCACUCAUCCUGUCCAAGAGACUGGGUGAGGAUUCCUGGGGCAGAGAGGAGUACUGGAGUGAGGACGAGGGAGGGAGAAAUGCAUUCAUCUUCCCACUUUAGAAAGGAAGAGCUGGAAAGGUUCAAGGGCAAACGAUUUUCUGUGGCCCUUGCUCAACACCUUGGGUGUGAUCAAGCUGUGUAAAAUGCUGCAGUCAAGAUGCUUCUGGGCCUAGAAAGCAUUUUGAGAGCUGCCAUUUUCACUUUUCCACUCUGUUAUUGCAGGAAUAAUCCAGAAUUUUUGCUGUUUAUUAUUUUAACAAGAAUAGUGCUAAUAAACUACCUCCUUUUUAGCUUUUGCCUGAGAAAUGCAUAUAAAACUAUUCUAAAAAAUAAAAUUUAAAGCCAGGAAAUAUGCAUUCCACAGGGAUCACUCAUAAAAGACCUUAUGAAAAUAGCAUUUGGAUACCAGAGGUUUUUUUCAAUCAAAAAUGAAAUUUUCUGCACAUUCUCUUCCCAGAGGAAAACUUCUAAUUUUUGCUGAUAAUGAUUUACAUCAGAAGAUGAAAAAUGUGGAUCCACGCUUUUCAUUGGUUUCCUAACUAUGAACAAAAAUAAAUUAACAAUAAUCUC